AGUCCCUCCAGAAAGGUUGGAAGGUUUGUUAAAUUGCUGUAGACGCAUCUCGUCUCAUUAUUUCUCUCUACACGAUUUUCGGAGUAUGCUAGCUUCGGAGUCAACUGCCAUGUUCAAACUUUGUUCUCAAAACGCUUGUCUGCAUAUGGCCAAAGCUGCCCACAAGGUACCGGUAGUUCAGACGCUGACAAGGAGACUUUGGACUCGGUGCAACAAGAACCCCACUAAGCAGCAUCCCACUCCAUCUCAGACCUAUUUGUCGAGCUUCAAUUACCCCUCCGCCCCCAUAGCCCAGGACUAGCCAACAUUUUCUUACAUACGCAAACUUCCGGUACAACCACAAUAAGAAUAUCAAAAUGAGCUCCCCCAAGGAAUUCCGUCUUUUCUGCCUUGAGAACCCUCUCUUGGACAUCCAGGCCGUUGGAGAUGAGGCGCUCCUGAACAAAUACGGCCUCAAGGCCAACGAUGCCAUCCUGGCCGAGGCUAAGCACGCCGGCAUCUUCGAGGAGCUUCUCAACAACUACGACGCCAAGCUGAUCCCCGGCGGCGCCGCCCAGAACACGGCCCGUGGCGCCCAGUACAUGCUGCCACCCAACAGCGUCGUCUACUCGGGUGGUGUCGGUGAUGACAAGUACUCCGCCAUCCUGCGCGAUGCCGUCCAGAAGGUCGGCCUUAGGGUCGAGUACCGCGUCGACCCUAAGGAGACCACCGGCCGCUGCGCCGUCGUCAUCACCGGCCACAACCGCUCCAUGUGCACCGAGCUGGGUGCCGCUAACCACUACGAGGUCGAGUUCCUGAAGAAGCCCGAGGUCUGGGAGCUGGUCAAGGGUGCUGAGGUGUACUACAUUGGUGGUUAUCACUUCACCGUCUGCCCUCCUGCCAUCAUGGAGCUGGCCAAGGAGGCCGCCACCAACAACAAGACCUUCAUCUUGUCCCUGUCGGCCCCCUUCAUCCCGCAGUUCUUCAAGGACCCCCUGGACGCCGCUCUGCCCUAUUGCGACUAUGUCAUCGGCAACGAGACCGAGGCCGCCGCCUUUGCCGAGUCGCACGACAUGGCUGACAAGAAGGAUGACGUCCGCGCCAUCGCCAAGGCCAUCGCCAACCUGCCCAAGGAGAACUCGCAGCGCAAGCGCGUCGCCAUCAUCACCCAGGGCACCCUCCCCACCAUCGUCGCCGUCCAGGGUGAGGAAGAGGUCAAGGAGUACCCAGUGCACGAGAUCGCCAAAGAGCAGAUCAACGACACCAACGGUGCCGGUGACGCCUUUGCCGCCGGUUUCUGCGCCGGAGUCGUCGAGAACAAGGCCCUGGCUGAGUGUGUCGACAGGGGCCAGUGGCUCGCCCGCCUCAGCAUCCGGAGCUGGGUCCUUCAUACCCCUUCCCCAAGCAGACCUACCAGCCCAAGUCUGCUUAACAACUUAAGCUGGCUUCUUCUUGUCUUUUGAUUAUGUGACUUUCCCUAUGAGUUUGGGCAUGGCGUUGAAGGAUUAUACGGGCAAAAAUGUGGGAGGGUGUUGCAUUCAGGUUUCAACAACAUAGCAAAUAUUCCCAUGUAAAAUCUGCCAGUGAUAUGCGAAAGGAGGCAAUCACUCAACUUGAGAUAGAGAAAACUUGCAACAGGAGAAAUGCAGUCUCAAUCAAAUUGGAUUGAACGACUGACCCA